UCACUAGUUGGAGGCGAGUUAUCAACUUAUCAUGUAGUCGCUAGGCUGGAAGUUAAUUUGGAUUUAAUUAUUUCGUAGGUUAUUUUUUGCCAUUUUAUAAUAUGUAGUUUCAUGAAUUGAACUUUGCGCUGAUCAGUAUUUCAUAAAUUGAUUGAUUAAAUUUAGUCUGAUUCAAAGAUAAUCUCCGUUCCUGAAUUGCCGAAAAAAGUUCAAAUUAAAACAACAACAUGGGGACCAAAAAGGACAAAACGGCCGAAAAGAACAAGGUGUACGACAUCUCAGAGGUGACGGAGUUGUUCGGAAAGUUCCAGAAAAUGCAGUUCUUUUACUGCUGUCUUCCGGCCAUUUUUGUCACUAUGAUUAAUAUUAACUAUGUGUUCACCGUCGGUGAUGUCAACUAUAGGUGUCGUAUCCCAGAAUGCGAAGGCAACCAGUCAGAAUACUCUCAAACCUGGUUUCCUGACUCCGUAGACAGAUGUUCACGACCUGUUCUAGAAGACAGCUGGAAUGGAACCUGUUCCAACACCAGCUUCACUGGCGCUGUGGAGAAAUGCGACUCCUGGGUGUAUGAGAGCAACAACACAGUUGUAUCUGAGCUUGACCUGGCCUGCCAGCCGUGGAAGACUAACCUCGUCGGGACAGUGCAUAGCGCAGGCAUGGUCAUGUCAAUGACUGUCUCUGGGUGGAUGUCUGACAAGUUCGGCCGCAAGCCAACGCUAGUGAUCUGCUCUAUCGGUGGCAUCCUGGGCCACCUGAAGACCUUCGUCACCGCCUACUACCAGUACAUCGUCAUCGAGUUCUUCGAGGCUUGCAUCACGGGCGGGUCCUACUCUGCCGCUAUGGUCAUCAUGAUAGAAAGCAGCGGCAAAGACCAAAGAGUCCUAGCGGGCGUGAUCUUCGCCUACGCCAUCUAUGUCGGUGAAGCCCUCUUCGCCUGCAUCGCUAUGGUCAGCACCUACUGGAAGACCCUCAUCCGGAUCAUCUGCAGCCCGCCCAUCUUCUUCCUCUCUUACUUCUACUUCGUCAGAGAAAGCCCGCGAUGGCAGAUCUUAAAUAACAAAAUCGAACAAGCCAAAGAAACUUUACUAGUAAUAGCUGAUACGAAUAAGCUUAACAUAGAUCGUCACGACUUUAUCAACAUAGAUGAAGCAAAGUUGAAGACUAAGUUUAACUUGGGAGCGUACGAGACGAAAGAGUCUUGGAAAAGGGUGUUCACGUCUAAGGAGAUUUGGAAGAGGUUGCUGGUUUUGAUGGUGUGUAGAUUCACAGCCUCGUUUGUGUAUUACGGGCUGAUGGUGAACUCUGUGUGGCUGCCGGGGAACAAGUAUACGAACUUCUUGCUGGCGACGGUGAUGUCGUUUCCUGGGGAGGUCGUGGCGCUGAUGCUGAUGAACAAGUGCGGGAGGCGGCUGCCGUUGUUGUACGGGUAUAUUUUAUGUGGUGCGUUAUGCGUUGGUUCUGCGUGCGUCCCUGAAGAUGCCGUAUGGGCCAAGAUAACCCUGUUCCUGCUGGGUAAGAUGCUCAUCGCCGCCUGUUUCACGGGAGCCAUCACGUACACGAUGGAGUUGUUCCCGACCAGCGCCAGGGGAACUCUUAUGGGACUGUGCUCCUUCAUGUCCAGGGUUGGUGGGAUGCUGGCGCCUAUCACGCCUAUCUUGACACCUAUACACCCUGCACUACCAUCCAUCUUUUUCGGCGCCGCGGCUUUUCUGUCUGGAAUCUGUCUCCUGUUCACACCUGAAACGCGCAACUUACCCCUGAUGGACACCGUCGACCAAGUCGAGGAGAGCGUGAGACAAACGAGAGAAAAGAAAAGACAAGGAAGCGAAAAUCCUGGGUUUGAGGACAAUGCUGACACAAGCCUUUGAGCCUCUUAUUCCUUUUAGAGAUAAGCUACCGACUGAUGUAACUAAAUCGACCAAAAACAUAAUGUAACAAUAAUCUGUUCUUGCCGAGGUACAAGUACCUGGGUAUAUCUUACUUACUGUGAUGUGGAUAUCCCUGCUGGGAUGUAUUUCUAGUUAUUUACUUAUUUAGGCAAUUUUCACUAUAUCAUAGUUUUUCCUGCUCAAUGAACUUCUUAGAGUAAGCUUAAUUACAUAAGAAUGUGACAAAUUAAAUGGUUCUCAAUUAUA